AUUGGUUGUUAUUUAAUAGUGUGUAGUCCAAUGGAGAUGUGGAGCCUUCUGCCUUUGGUCGUGCUGGUCUGCAGUGUUCAGGGGAUCUCCCUCGCCCUCAGUAAGGACAACUGGAUAUCCACAAACUGGCAGGGGGAGCCUGUGCUGGAUGCGCUUAUGGAUCAGGAGGAGAGUGUGGUGAAGAGGUCCAAAGCUAACCAGUUCUAUGGCCUCAUGGGAAAGCGCUCAGACAGCCAAGAGCCAGUCAGGCUACAAAGACGACGAAAUAAAGGAGGGGCGAUGUUUGUAGGUCUGAUGGGCCGAAGAGCUUUGGGUGCCAUCACCAAAGAGGCCCUGAGAAGGAUAGCUCCCGAGCAGGAUGCCGGCUCUCUGGCAGACCCAGUGGAGGACAUGGGGGAUCACUUAGAUAUGGAACAGCAGUGGGGCAGACUUCAAUACUAUGGUUGAUCAGACACCUGACCUCAAUUGGAAUGCAUGAUACCGACCAAUGAAAAAAUAUAUUAAUUUUUGUUUUUAUUUUUUGCCCCCGUUUCAUCUGUGAGCGACAAAAUAAAUUGUACCACACCUGGGCCCCUGAGAGAGACUGCAUUGUUUAAUUACAGCAUUUCUUUUUUUUUUUUAAUGGGGAAAUCAUGGUUUCAUUUUUGCAGGGCUAGUUAAUGUGAAACGGUGACGGCACUUUCCUUAUUAACCAUCUAGUUACCUAUUCAUCAUUUUCUGAGUAUAGGCUGAUGACACAUGGUUUGACAUGUACAACACCUUCCUUAUGUGUAAUAUAAUAUUGAGGUUGUUAUAUACCCAUUAAAUCACUGCUGAUAUCAGAUGGUUUUAAAAGGCGCAUUCACCUGCAGCAAAAACCUUUGAGUCGUUCAUUACGAAGGAAAAUGGUUUUGGUAUGCAUGCUGCAUAGCCUCUUUUAGAUGUCAGUGAGGCAGGUCAAGUGGAUUCUUAUCAAGUUUCAGGUCACGCUGGCAAAAAGUGAAGGGCCCAACAACAACGCACAGCGAUAACGCCUCAAAUAUUAUGCAAUAUGCCU